AUGUCCAAGUCAUCAAAGGGCAAUCCCAACACUGAAGCUCCCACGCUUCCACCUUUCUCUGUUGGAAACAGCAAUAACAACAACAAUUAUCCCGCGCCUCCUGCAGAGGCUCAUCAGCAGCACCAGACACCUCGUCACAGGUUUCUGACAACUCAUGAAUGGGGAAUCGUUGCCCACGGCAUAGGCGGCAUCCGGGAUCGGGAACAGCAUACACCAAUCCAUCCAACCAGCUGGAUCUGGCCACCCAAAGGCAUGCCUCGCGGGCUGUACAAGGACACCGUGACUCAGCGUACCAAGUUCUUCUAUUACUACCAUGCGUCUAGUGGCAUCAGGUGGAUCUUGAUGCUGUUGCAGCUCUUCAUCGGAGCGACGCUGACGUCCCUCGGCUCCAUGUCGUUUACCCAAGGUACCCCCAUCACUAUUCUAGGCGCUGCGAACACCAUCAUUGCGGGACUCCUUGCCUUCCUCCAGAACAGCGGACUGCCCGACCGAUAUCGAUAUGACAAGUCCGAGUUCGAAGCCCUGGAAGACCACAUCAAAGAGAUUCUUGACUCCGGUAUUGCCCCCGCGGAUCAGGCUACUGACCAAAUCCUCGCCGAGUGUUUCGAUCUUUACCAAGAUGCCAAGGCAACGGUAUCUGCGAACUUACCAGCCAACUACAUGUCUCGAAUUGCCCAGCAGACAGGUCAACGAUCUGGUGCUUUGAUGCAAGCGGGCGCUCCGCCCAUGUCAAAGCCAUUGGCUCUGACACUUGGUGGCGGAGAUGGUAAUGCCAGUUUGGCCAGUGGAAAAUAA